CUAUUGUUCCCCAUUGUAUGUCCAAUGUAAGAUCUGAGUAAAAAACAGUUCCAUUACUGCUAUUGAACUUCAUUGGCUGUCAACAGCAGCGCGCGCUGCUACAUGGUGCGCGUGUACCCCCGGCUCAUGACGCCGUCAAGCAAGCCGUGCGCGUGUUGCCGAGCUGUAAACCCGCUGUCAAACAGUGCGGACGAGCGCGAAAGAAAUGAGCCUAUAACCUAUCCGAACAGCUGCCGCUUCCUGUCACAUAAGAUGUCCUGGGCACGUAAAGUCGAAACGUUAUACGGGAGAUCAUUCCGCCGGGCUGUAUGAGAGCAAAACCGCCGAUAACCGCUUAAAGGAUUUGUGCCUGUUUCUGCGCGCGCUGCGCACGUGGGGAUGUCGCGAUGGCAUGCACGAGGAGAACCAAAACUUUGGUGUCCACGUGCGUGAUUUUAAGCGGCAUGACCAAUAUUUUGUGUCUGCUCUACGUCGGAUGGAUCACCAAUUAUGUGUCUAAUAACGGCAACGUCAAAGUUGCUGGGAGGACGCAUGAGAAAAAGUUUGAAGAUGACAACAGAGGAGAAACCCUGAGGAUUAUAGAGAGACUGGACAGGCUGGAGAGUGUUGUUAACCAACACAUACAAGAGAAACCUUUAAAAGAUGGGGACGACACAGCCGACAUGUCCCUCUCAGACUCUCUUUUUGCACGCUGGGGUCAUGACCUCGGUCCAGAGAGCCGCAAGGUGGCCCUGAAGAAGUUCCAGUACUAUGGUUACAACGGCUACCUCAGCGACAGGCUUUCUUUAGACAGAUCCAUCCCAGACCUCAGGCCAGACGGGUGCAGAAACAUCUCAUAUCCCUCCAGUCUACCCCAAGUCAGCAUCAUCUUCAUCUUUAUGAAUGAGGCUCUAUCAGUCAUCUUGCGUUCAAUUCAUUCGGUGAUCCAUCGGACGCCCUCUCACUUGCUCAAGGAGAUAAUCCUCGUGGAUGACAACAGCAACAACGCUGAACUGUCAGAAAACCUGCAGAGGUUUGUGGAUGAGACCAACCAGCAGCAUCCCGACUUCAUUAAAGUGGUUCGGCAUGAGAAACAGGAGGGCUUGAUUCGCUCUCGGGUCAGUGGCUGGAGAGCUGCGACCGCCCCCAUCGUGGCCCUGUUUGACGCUCACGUGGAGUUCAACAUCGGAUGGGCUGAACCAAUCCUUCACAGAAUCAAAGAGGACAGAACCCGGGUCAUCUCGCCUUCAUUCGACAACAUCAAAUACGACACGUUUGAGAUCGAAGAAUAUCCCCUCUCGGCUCAAGGGUUCGACUGGGAACUUUGGUGUCGCUAUCUAAAUCCUCCCAAAUCCUGGUGGACACAGAAGAAUCAAACUGCUCCAAUCAGGAGUCCCGCUCUGAUCGGUUGCUUUGUAGUCGAUAGGGAGUAUUUUGAGGAGAUUGGUCUGCUGGAUGAAGGGAUGGAAGUUUAUGGAGGGGAAAACGUGGAGCUGGGGAUCAGGGUAUGGCUGUGCGGAGGAAGUGUGGAGGUCAUGCCCUGUUCCAGAAUAGCUCAUAUUGAGCGCGCCCACAAGCCCUACACGCAGGACCUGGCAACUCACGUACGCAGGAACGCUCUGAGAGUGGCCGAGGUGUGGAUGGACGAGUUCAAGAGCCACGUUUACAUGGCCUGGAACGUUCCACAACAGGACUCAGGGAUCGAUAUUGGUGAUAUCAGAGACCGAAAAGCUCUCAGAGAGAGACUCCGCUGUAAACCCUUCAGCUGGUUCCUGAAGAAUAUUUAUUCUGAGAUGAGAACCUACACAGACAUCAUUGCUUUUGGUGUACUGAGGAACAGCCUGAGGCCGGAUCUGUGUGUGGAUCAAGGUCCCGACUCGGACAACAUUCCCAUCCUGUACAUCUGCCACGGCCUGACGCCUCAGAAUGUGUACUACUCAAACUCUCAGCAGUUGCAUGUCGGAGGCUUGAGUCCGACCAUCGACGACGAUGACAACAAGUGCCUGGUGGACGUGAACGGCCGACCGCGACUGCUGGAAUGCAGCUACGCCAGCAACAAGCACAUGAAGCUCUCCUGGCUCUUCACUCAGGGAGGCUCCAUUCAGAAUAGGAAGUCGAAGCGAUGUUUGGAAUUGGUGGAAAGUGUGGAAGUGGAUCAUGGAUAUCAGCUGGCCCUUCAGAAGUGCAGCAAUCAAAAAUGGACAAUUACCAACAUAUUGCCUGGGAAAGUUCUAUAGGCAUGGUGUCUUAAGGGACAUAUCACUGUCCCUUUACACACAUCGCUGUGUCAUCAGCUGGAGGACAGGGUGCUGUUCUCUGUUAUUUAACACUGUAAACAUCUUCAUGUCUUGUGCCGGACCUCAAAGACUUCAUGGAACGUCUCCUGAAUUUAAUUUUGACCAAAAGAGAGUUUUGAAACACUGAUGCUUAAAGGGAUGGUUCUCCAAAAAUGAAAAUUCUUUUAUCAUUUACUCAUGUUGUUCCAAACCUGGGGUGCAUUUCCCAAAAGCGCUGUUAGCCAACCAUGGUCGCGAGUUCCGUUUUUAUCAGCACAGUUCAGCGAGUCUGUGUUUCCUGAAACCAUAGCAAACAGCAUCGCAAAGUUGUGUGGUUGACCUGAGUUUAGAAGCAAAGUUUUUUGUUUGCAUGACAUGUGGGCUUAAUGAAUCCUUAUAUUGAGCUAAAUAAACAUGCUGACAUUCAAUACAAUCUAUAUCUUUCAUUUAGAAUAUAUGCAAUUUUUAUUUACGGCUUUUAGUUUGUCAAGAGAUUUAAAGUGUGUUUUUGAAGAGUGAUGCCAUGUCCAUGCUUUAUGGCAAAAACCUGGCAUUAAUUCGAUCUCAAACUGUAAUUAAAAGAAGUUAUUACUCCACCACCUGCUUGAUAUUAUUAAUCAAAGGGGUUGAAGGACACAUUUAUGGUUUCGGGAAACAGUCGACUAGCUAGUUGAUUUCUUCAACAAUGUACCGACUAUGGUAGUUAAGCAGUGAGUUACAACGUUACAUGUCUCCAAAAAAAGGAGACAUUUCAAAUCAUAUUGGUAAACAACAAUUUUGACCAUUGACAUUCAUUGUGUGAAUAAAAAUAACACUAAAAAUAUUGUGCUCUGCAGAAGAAAGAAUGGCAUACAGGUUUGGUUUAACAUGAGGUUUUAAUGAUGACAGAAAUUUGUUUUUAAUUUGUGAGUGAACUGUCCCUUCAAAUGCUUUUCUGUAUGAUUGACUCUUGUGUCUUUAAGCAUUUAGCAAUUUUGCUACUGUGUAGCACUAAUUUAUGUUUUUCUUUCAAGUUUGUGAAUGAUGGUUGUGAUUAUUUGAUGUGGAAAAGGAUAUUUUAUAAAUGUAAAUAAUCUUUAUAAAUAAUAUUAAAAACUUUUAACUCUUCA